UUCAUGGAAGUUUCAACCUGCCAACUGUGCCUGGUUCGCUUGCAUCCAGAGAGGCCGCAAUGGGUGUUGUACCAUCAGGUGGUGUUCAGCAACCAGGAGGAAGCAUUCCUAGUGGACGGUUCUCAUCAAACAAUCUUUUGGUUGCAUUAUCUCAGAUGCCUCAUGGCUCUGGUGUCACAAAUAGAGGGGGUAUUAAUGUUGUUGGAAAUCAUGCUUUUAGUAGUAGUAAUAUUAAUGGAGUCACUGGGUCAAUAACUGGUAUUUUCUCAAGUUCAGCUUAUGGGAAUCGUAGUUCUGUUCCUGGUUUGGGAGUUUCUCCAGUAUUGAGUAAUGUAGGGCCAAGACUUACAAGCUCUGUAGGCAACAUUGUAAGCAGUGGUAACAUGGGAAGAAGCAUCAGUUCUGGAGGAUUAUCUGUGCCCGGUUUAGCUUCAUAG